AUGACUUCACAACAAACACCACAGUCGCCGGCAUCGCCGCGGGGUAUGGCCAGCAUGUCGCGACCCAUUAUCCAGUCUAUGCCCGACACACGGCAGCAGUCGUUUGAGGAGAUCUACGGCCCGCCCGAGAACUUUCUCGAGAUCGAGGUGCGCAACCCGCGAACCCACGGCAUGGGCCGCAACAUGUAUACGGACUAUGAGAUCCUCUGCCGGACCAACAUCCCCUCGUUCAAGCUGCGGCAAUCGACGGUGCGCCGCCGCUACAGCGACUUUGAGUACUUUCGCGACAUACUCGAGCGCGAGAGCGCCCGCGUCACCAUCCCGCCCCUGCCCGGCAAGGUCUUUACCAACCGCUUCAGCGACGACGUGAUUGAGAACCGCCGCCAGGGUCUGGAAAAGUUCCUCAAGAUUGUCGUGGGACAUCCCCUCUUGCAGACGGGCAGCAAGGUCCUGGCUGCUUUUGUUCAGGACCCAAACUGGGAUCGUAACGCUUGGUGA